AUGGAUAUGGUAAGCAAUUGAAAAAAUGAUUAAAUUCGAAAUGUUUCAUUUUCAGCCAACUGAGAGUACGGGUUCUUUUAACGCAUCCACAGUCGCACCUCCAGUCCUGAGCACGUUAAAUGAUAUGAUUGUAAGGAAGUUUCAAAAAAAUAUUGGAGAUCGUGCAACUUUAAACUUUUAGGGACGUGAAAUACUGAUCACCACAGACGACAACAAACGCUUCACCGGUGUUCUUACCGCUAUCUCCCAAGAUGUGAGUGUCACCUGCCACACACCAAGUCAAGUAAUAUUUCAGCUUGCAUUCGGGAUGCAUUACGUUUCCGAGAUAACAAAAGAAACGGAGAAUAACUACCUGAAAACACAGAAGGACUCGGAUAAAAAAGUUUUUCCGUUCAGUGACAUUGCCCAUUACGUUUACAUUACCGAAGAAAAGAAGGGACACAAAUUGAGUAAGUAUUGCGAGGAUAGUCGGCUUGAAACAUGCGCUCAUUUUCAGCUAGCAAAUUUGUCACUGAUCGUCAGUAUCAUGGAGAGCUUCCAAAGGAUGAUGAAGAACUGGAGCUGUGGGACGGAGGAGAAGAUGAAGAUAUUGGUGGUUCUAUCGAGGACCAGGACCACUCUGUUGUAAGAAGAAGGGUAUUGAAUGAAUCUAACGCACGUUUUCAGGCGCAGCAUGCUUCUCAGCAUAGCCGUCGUGUAAAUCAGAACAAUGGUUCUGGCUGGUCAGUCGAUGACAUGUUCGCAGUGAACCAGAAAAUGAACGUCGUCUCGACAUUCAAAGAUGACUUGACUCAGUACACCACGUGAGUUUCCUUCUCUCCUCAAGUAAGUGCUUGUUUUCCUUCAUAUAGUGUGGAAGUUGUCGGCACCGAAGAAGAUCGGGCUCGAGCUGAAAGACUCGCCCGAGAAAUCGAAUCGAAUCAGUCGUCCAAGUUCUACGCGAACCUGGAGAACGACGACGUCGAACGAGAUCUGGACAGAACGACUCAUGAAGAGGAGUUCGAUAACGGAGGCAACCACCGCCGUGGAAACAACAAAGGGUAAGCUUUUUCAACGUCAUCGCCGUCAGCUUCUCAAUUACGAAUUUCAGAAAUAACAGCUACAAUCAGCCGCCACAACAGCGACGAAAUCCGAAUGUUGCUCCAAAUGGUCAGCCAGUGAAUCGCAGAGCCGAGGGGCUCAGAAGUGACCGUCGGAACAGCGGCAGUUCUUCUGCGAACAACAGCCGUUACGGUCCGCCGGCUCCAGCACAGAACUAUCAGCAACAGCAACAACAGCAAGUUCCGAAGGGCGGCAAUUACAACAACCGUCGGCAGAAUGAGGAGUACCGCGAGAAUGGUACGUUUCACUACAGAGUACAGCGCCCGCGGCAAUCCCUCUCCGCUGAUUAUUAUCUACUCUCUCCUCGAAAUAGCGUCUGUUCCUCUUCCUCCUCGUUUUCCUCCGUUUCUAUCCAUCAUUUUUUGUGUGUCCGUCGUUCUUUUGUCUUGACCCAUUUCGCAUGACAUAAUGCGCACCGCUAACUAUUGAUGCAACCGUUUUCUCUUUCGUCCGCAAACAGCCACGGGAAUGGAUCGUUUCGUCGCCGGCAGUUGCCUUCUUGCCUACUCAGCUGAUUUAUUGACCAAUUUUCAAGACAUGAGAUUUAUCCAUUUUCCACCGAACGGGAAGCCAAACCCCAGCCCAUCUGCCCUCUUUUCCUGUUUCCGGUGAGUUCUCACCGUUCUCACCGUUCUCUAUGAUCUGCGUCUCUUUUUUUCUCUUUCCACCUCUGCUCACUUUGUCUGAUUCAUCGAUGCAAACCACUUCCUCUCGCGCCUCGCUUAUCACAAGUUGUUCUUCUCGAAACCGUGUCCUCCAAUCGAUUGGGGCGCCGCUCUCUCCCACUUUCCGAUCGGCCGUGCUGCAAAGUAACACGUCAUCGAUGACUGCCUGCAUCGUCCGCCCGUCCCGCUUGCGGCAACACCUCUCCGCUCUCUUUCCGUCCGCUUCUCUCCUUUUGCUCACCUCUUUCAGUUGGCCCGCUGUCCGCCCCCGCCUAUUGAAAGUAACUGUUCUGCCUGCGUCUCGUCCUUGUUGCUAUCAUCUCUUGUACUGAAUCAGCCAUUCCUCUCACUGCGAACUAGCUGUUAGCGGAAUUCAUCUCGCGCCUCCAUGUUCAACGCUUAUUCGCAUUUUGCGAUUAGAUAUCUUUAUCCGAUUUACUCUUUUUCAACUAUUUUUCGACGCCAAAAAUCGAAUAUUCUGUCGAUCUAUAUCAGGCAGCAAACGGACACAGUUUCGAAACAGUCCAGCGCCUAUUGACACGCUCAAAGCCAAGCGUCCAAGUGGUUUGUAAUACACAUCACAUCAGCUGAUCUUUUUCUCUGUCCUUUCUCUUCUUUUGCGAACACGGAGGGCGAGCAACACUGGCUGUCCGGCAGUCUGUUGUUCAAACAAUCACUCCUCGUCGCUCCACUGAUUUUUUGUACAUUCUCCAUGCGUCAACACCAUCAUCGGAAAACAUUUUUGUUUCAGAUUGGCAAAUGGCCAAGGGGAAGGGUCAGAACCAAGGUCACGAUCAAUCGUUCCGUCAUCAACAGAAGCAAAUGCUAGACCCGAGACCAAGUCCGAAACAGCCGACGAACGAAGUGGAGAAGGGCCCUGGUUCAAGUUCCCGUGUGGCGGAUCUGAAGAGCUGGGGCAACGACUUCGCCAUUGCCACGUCACCGAAAGAGCAGUCGCCAGCUCCGGGAUCCACUCCGCCGGUGGCUCAAGGAACAUCGGGCAGUGCAUGGAACCGUGGACCACCGAGUUCGCUCGUUUCCAAGGGAUCGUCUACCGAGUCGACUCCACCACCAGCGGAAGCCGAGACUCUCGCUUCCCAGACCUACCAGACUCCGGCUGCUGCGUCCUCGUCGAAACCAGCUAAUCAGAAGAAAGGUUUUUAUCUUCUUAGCAAAAUUAUCCACCCAAAAUUAGUUUCAGAAGAGACGCCGUCUACAAGCGCUGAAGAGCAAGAAGACGAGGAUGGAAAGGGAGCGGAUGGUGACAACAUGUCCACCACUGACGCAUCGGAGACUUCGUCCGUUGUUACUUCGAAGUCCAGCUCCUUCAAAUUCAACAUAAAUGCUCCCGAGUUCAAGCCGCGUGUGGCUCCAGCUACGCCGACUCCAACGACGCCAAACGGACCUGCUCCGAACAUGAACCCUAUCCCACCACAGCAGUUUGUGCCCCAGGAAUUCCAACAACAGCAACAUCACCCGGCAAUGAUUCCGCAAGGAGGACCGCCUGGUGCUCCAAUGGGAAUUCAAGGAGCCAUGGCGCCGCACAUGGGACCAGGAGGAGUCCCUCCUAACCAAACCCCGCAGCUUAUGAUGUGGACUCAGCAGCCGGGACAACAAGGAUAUCCAGGUGCUCAGCAGUUCCCAAUUCAGCAGAUCCCGAUGGCUGGUGUUCCUGGACAAAUGUACGGAGCCGCUGCCACUGCUCCAUCCACUGUGUCGAACCAACAACAGCCGACUCAGCAAAUCCCGACGAGUGUGACUCAGACCGAUGGAAGACAAGGGAACCCACAGCAUCAAAGAGAAGGAGAGUACCGGGAAGCUCAGCCAUGCUUCUACCCGUACUCUCAAGGUGGACCAGCAGUUGUGCCAAUUGCACAGCCGUUCUUCCAUCCACAGUAUCAGGCAGGAAUGCAGCAGACACAGUAUAUGAAAAUGAUGCCGCAGCAAGGACCACAAGUGCCAUACCAACAACGAUUCCAAGCACAACAAGUGUACAUGGUCCAACAAGGAGGACAAGGUCCUCAACAGAGGUAUCAGGGACCACCGCAGCAGCAACCACCACAUCAGCACGGUGGCGAGCAGCAGCAGCAACAACAGGGAGGGCCACAGUCGCAUCCGAACAGCCAACCGACGACUCCGGGGCCACGUGGGGACCAACAGAGCAUGAGCGGACCGAAAGCAACGCAACAGGGCCAGGUGAGUCGGAGGGGGACAAAAUUGCAUGGUUCUGCACAGCCUAGAUAGUUUUCCCAGCACGACAUACAUAUUUUCGCUCCGCUGUCCUGUUAUGUGAUUGUGCUUUUUUCAGAAUGGAAUGCACCGCGAGCCAGAAGGCGGAAGCAACGCCAGUCUCAGUGGAUCGAGCAGCUCGCAGUCUGGAAAACGUAGCGGUUCCCCGCAGAACAACAUUCCACAGCAACAGCAGCAGCCACCGCAACAGCAACAGCAAGCACAACAGCAACAAGGAUUACCGCACGGAGGACCACCUCAGAUGAUCGUGCCUCAAGGACACAUGGCUCCAUACAUGGUGGUCCAACAUCCACAGAUGCAUACGCCUAUUCCGGCUUCUUACUAUGCGCAGCAGGCAUGUUUACUUUACUUUUUUUCUGAAUUCGAAUCGUCUGGUGGUUUCGAUAUACGAUUUGCCUAAGUCAUUUUGAAUUGUUUGUAAAUUGAUGUUUAUUGCAGUACUAUCCAAUGAUGGUUCCUCCACAAAUGCAAAUGCAACAAAAUCAGCAUGGUACAUUUCUGGUCUUCUAACUCUAAUCGAAUUUCAGUAUUUUGCAGGACAGCAGAGUGUGAUGGGAGAGAGGGCUGAUCAGGGAUUCCCGCAAGCAACUUACUUUGACUACCGCAAUAUGCCUCCAAUUUAUCAGCAACAACACCAACCGCAUCAGCAGGUCCACGGAGGACACAUGUCUCGUCAGAACUCGCUUCAACAACAGUUCGGAGGCAAUGGCCAAGGUAAAGUACCUCCCAUCCAGUUUGUACUAACCGUCUCCCCAAGUUUUGAAGGUGUAAAUCUACCGUCGCAACAAGGCCCGCCUCCUCAACAACAACAACAGCAACAGCAACAGCAAGGCGGUCUAGCACGGGAUCAACAGCCACAAAGUGCUCAGUAG